UGAAAGAAGGAAAGAAGGAACGAUUUAAUUGAACGUAAUGAAAACUCGUUUAUAAUUUUCUCUGUAAAUAGAAUUAUUGAUUGACUUUUAAUCAUAUACGAUUCGAACAAUUUUUAAUGGAACGAAUAGACUCUCUAAAAUAAUUUCUAUGUUUCUUCAACGAAAAUGAAAUCUCUCUCGAUCGAAAAUCGUUCGUAACGUAAUGAUCGAUUGUUAUUUCUUAAAUAGAAAGAAACACGUUAUCAAAAUGUUCGGAUAGAAAGCUUUCUUAACAAAAUCAAAUGUUCAAGAUACUUUCGAAAUCAUUGAUGACGAACGCAUACGUAUCGAAAUCAUUUCUAAUCGGUUGAUAUAAAUUGUCUACGAAGUUUUUACAAACAAACAAACGAAAAGGAAACUGUUUCUUUCGAUUAAAUGGAAAUCAUUUUCAAAGUGAGAUUUAGAUUCUCUUGGAAAACUACCUAGAAUCGAAAAAUAAACUAUCAAAACAAAGAAUCUAAUCAAAGAAAAAUAAAAAUUAUCUUGGAAUAGAGUGUCAUCGGAUAAGAAGAACGCAUGCAACGUUGUGUGUUACAAACGCUUUUGUUCUAAAACGAGAACCAAAUUUUCCUCUAUCAAAAAGAGAAAAAGAAAGAAAAAAGAGACAGAGAAUGAGAAGUAUAUCUCUUUGAAGAACUAACUUCUUUCGACCGAGGAAUUAUCAAUGCAAAAGGAAAAAAAUAAAAUAAAAGAAGAAGAAAGAAACAAACAAAAAAAAUCUAAUCUAACGAAACAAGGACAUUAAAACUUAUUAAAAAACGAUUAACCGAACAGUUUAAGACGAUAAAAAAAUAAAAAAAAAAGAAAUAGAUAAUAGUCGUCUUUAGUUCGUCGUUGUCAGUGCGACGUAAAAAAAGAGAGAGAAAUUAUUACGAAAACGAAGAGUUACACUUUCUCCAAACAAACUCUUCGCGCGAACGAAAAGAUAAACUACGAAACAGCAUUAAAGAGAUCCAACGAAAAAGGAAAAUUCAAAAUCUAUUAAAAAAAGAUUAAUCGAACGGUUCGAGUUAGUAAGAAAAAAAAAAAAAAAGAACAGAAAAUAAAAGAUCGUUUCCCGGUGUGCAUGGUUGCAUUAGUCGCGUCGUUAAAGAGAAGCCGAUGAAGUCGAACAGGAAAAGAAAGAAAAAGAACAGAGAGAAGAAAGAGAGAAAGAAAUAAUUACAUUUUCUCCAAAUAAUUCUUUCGAGAACUACAAAUAAACUGUCGGUACGAAACGCCAAAAAAGGAUCUACCUAAUCAAAGAAAAUAAUAGCAACAAUAACAACAGCAAUAAUAACAGUAAUGAAAAAUAACGAUAGAAAAUAUGAAAACUUAUGAAAACUUAUGAAAAAGGAUUGAUCGAACGGUUUGGAGUUGUUAAAUUAAAAAAAAAACAAAAAAAAAGAAAAAAAAGGAAAAGGAAAAGGAGAGAAAAAAAAGUAGAUAAUGAUCGUUUCCCAGUGUGAGUCGUUGUUAGUCUCUGCGACGUGAAAGAGAGCCGAUAAAGUCAAGAAGGAAAAGGAGAGGGAUAUAUAUAUACAUAGAGAGAGAGAGAGAGGGAGAAACAGACAGAAAAAAAAAUAAUGGUUGAGAACCAUCGGCUCCGGUCCGCGCAGGCCGUAUUCGGGACGCAGCUGCGACGCGCAGCCGGCGCGCGGGGUCACGUGACGAAUAGCGAAGCUCUGAGCUCUGGCAGCAGGGUGAUAGGAUAUACGUAUAUAUACGUAUGUGUGUAUAAAGCCGGUAGUGGGGGCGAGAGUAGCGAGCGGGUAACGCUAUUGGUUAACGCUACAAUUCCCCCACUCCUUGGAUAUUCGAACAAAGGGACGAGGCUACGUCGUCGCCGACACGAAGAUCGGUACCAUUAGAAAGUCGUUGAUGGUCGUUGGGUGCGGUUGUUUCGUGAGUCGGAGAAGAGAGCGUGUCGUCGGUUGCUCGAUUAUUGGUCGGUCGUCGUCGUCGUGUAAUCGUAAUCGGAUGAAAAUAGUUCGCGCGAGGAUCGACUUGAUAACGCCGCAUAAAUACAUAUUCAAUAACGAAGACAAUUGGAAAAGAAUAGUCAUGAUUCGAAUAAACGAAGACGAAGACGAAGACGAAGACAGAGACGACAAUGAGAUAAGAUCGAUGAUGAUCCGUGACGGAAGUUCGAAGCACGAUGUCGAUUCAUCGACUUCCGAUUCAUUUGAAAGUCUCUCCGUGAAGGAUUGCAUUUAUCGAGGGGAAGGAAAUGCUAACAUCGUUGUCUCUCUACCACAUAUCUAUCGUGUUUCAGGAGCAGAAGGUAAUCCGAUUCCGGAAAUCGUUACCACGGGAGACUUUGCCGGACAACAACGACGACGAUGAGGACAACGACGACGACGACGACGACGACGACGACGACGAGAAAAUACGCGUAAAACGAGAAGUGGAAUUCGUGAGGCACGUUGUUUCCGGUUACUUGGGUUCUUACGUAGAGAUCCCAGAGAUCGUUCGUUACGAUGCAAAGGACGUGAGCAAACUUCUCGAAAUUAUUCGCCAAUUUCGUCCAGAAAAAAGGAAGUACAAGAAGAAAGUCAAGAGAUACGCCAUGAAAAUGCAAGAUUAUGUUUUUCUUCCAUCGAAGUUCGCUAAACUCGAUCCAGAUUCGUUUAAAAGUAAAUCGACGUUUGCCGUAGAAAUAAAACCUAAACAAGGAUAUCAACGUAAAGAGGAACAACGAUUGCAAAAGUGUCCGUAUUGUCUUGCACAAUAUUACAAGUUGAAGAAGAAAGUGAUCGAUGAUCGAAGCAGUUAUUGUCCGUUUGAUCUUUUCUCUGGUGAUGAGAAACGUAUGAAAGGAGCUAUCGAAUGCUUGUUAAGAUCACCUCAAAACAAUUUGAAAAUCUUCAAGGAUGGAACGAUCGUCUACGAUCAUGAAUUUUCUACGAAUGAUCUUGAAACUGUAUUAAACGAUUGUUAUCAAACUGUUGAUAUUUGUACAAAAGAGACCACUGUCAACUUGUUCAGCAAUUUGAUUUGUGCUAUACUUUUGCAUUCUUAUCCUCAAAGUAAACGUUCAGAGUUAAUGCAAGCUAUGUUUGAACGUAAUCGCUUUUAUCAUAUUUCUGAACGUGACUCCCAAGUUAUUCGUGACACCAACGAGAAACUCAUUUCGAAAACAAAAAAACUUUUUUAUCUUGUACAGGAAAAAUGUAAACGCGAAUGUAAUAAUCUACCUAAGAAUUGUGUAUUGGAACGAAUACUUUCCAUGCAGAGAUUACCAUAUGUCGGUACAGAAUAUAUCUAUGAUAUCUACGAUAAAUAUUCGACAGUGAUAAACGAUGAGAUCAUAUACUCUCAUUUAAUAAAUUCUUCUUGGAAUUAUACGAAAGAACACAAAGAUUCUAAUGGAAAUCAUGCUGAUAAUCGGUCGAGUACAGAUUCUAAAAUUAGAGAGAAUAUUGAGUUAAUUAAAAAUACAAAUCGUUGGAAAGAAAAUUUUUCUUGCUACAACGAAGAGUGCAUAGAUAAAAGUAAUAAUAAAAUUGUCGAAUAUAAUAGUGAUAGAACGUCUAGUGACAUAAUUAAUAAGGAUUUAAUAGCGUUACAAAAUUAUCUUUUGUUUUGUACUGCAAGAGAUUGUUCAAUAUUAAUAACUUUCCGACAAUUAAAACCCGAAGCACUGCUGUCCGUUCCACAAGAAUAUGUGAUUAAAAUAUCCGAAGAUCUUUGUUUUCUUACCAGUGUUAAUGUUUCCGACUUGGAUCCAAAGAGUAUGCACAGUAUUGAAAGGCAUCGUCAUAGAGACAUAAAUAUUCUUGAUGCAGUGAUAUCUAUACUGAAAGAAGAACUAUCUCUAAAUGAUGAUCAAUGAAUAUCCAAGAUAGAUAUUUAA